AUGUGCCGAGACCACAAGGCUGAAUGUCUAGAACAGAGUUCAACUGCUUUGACCAGUGAUGGAAAGCACAGAUAUGGGCUAGAGAGGAGAGGAUCGCCAUACAGGAAUGGAAGGCAAAUGGAGAUGGACUUAGCCACCAAAGCUGCCCGGAAAAGUGCCCCAGCUACUGGCGGCGUGAAGAAGCCUCACCGCUACCGUCCCGGGACUGUUGCUCUCAGAGAGAUCCGCCGCUACCAAAAAUCCACUGAACUGCUGAUCCGCAAGCUGCCCUUCCAGCGUCUGGUGCGGGAGAUCGCCCAGGACUUCAAGACUGACCUGCGCUUCCAGAGCUCCGCCGUCAUGGCCCUGCAAGAGGCCAGCGAGGCUUAUCUGGUGGGGCUCUUCGAGGACACCAACCUGUGCGCCAUCCACGCCAAGAGGGUGACCAUCAUGCCCAAAGACAUCCAGCUGGCCCGUAGGAUCCGAGGGGAGAGGGCAUAG